GGUGCUUCAGUGUCCGCGCGACCACCAUCAAGACUGAGAGAAGCAGCUACGCUCUCCUGGCUACUGCCCUCACAGUGUACCUCCGUCGUAGGUACAUUAGCGACCCGCGUACUGCUACUCCGGUGGCAGGUACCUACUGCCUUUUGGGCCGCGUUGCCUCAUCUGUCACGGCCACACGUCAAAGCGACAGGGACUGAUAUCUCAGUGAGCUAAGCUCCUUCGUGUAGGAAUUUGUCGUGAGAAAACCGUGAGUGAGUGCUGAUGUAGCGGAUUAGGAUGGUGGUGGGUGUCGGAGGUUAGUGGCACUGGUCAGGUGGUGUUGGUCGGCAGUGGUUGGUGAUAAGGUCGUCGUGUGCAGUGAGUGUGGGUCAUGUGAGCGUGAUGGUGAGCGCCCCUUUUGACGCUGCUGGUGUCAAGAGCCCCGCCAUGGCUGGGGGCUUCCCUCGUAGCUGCUCGUGGUCCGUGACGCCCGCCACGCCACCCGUCGCCGCCCUCUCGGCCCCCGACCACCCGCAGCCACUCGACGACGGCGCCCACCGUAGCAGGUGUUUUGAUGACCCGUUUAGGAAGCGCGCCAGCGUAUCAUGGGUGGUGGGUGGCUUGCGAAGCCCCACACGCCCUCACCAUCACGGCCCACGGCCUGACCGAACCCCGCGGCGCUCCUUGGGCGCAGUAUGGCGUGUGUCCUCCUCUAGCCCCGCACGCCAGCUUGGGGCUUGGCUAGGGCGGAGACCUCGAUCCUUCGCUGGCACGGAGGAAACUGUUAGUGCCAUGUACAGCAGUGGCCACACCUUGGCGCCACCCACUUCACCCGUCCCCUCACUCUGCUCCUCUUCCCCGGAGCCUCCCUCGCCCCUCGACUCCUUGGGAGCACGUCAAGUGAGUGGAGGAUCAGCGGGUGCUGCCCCCUGCCUCAGCAGCAGUCCAUCUGCCGCCUCCCUCGCUGCUCUCAACAAGCCUGUUGCCCCACGCCGCCCCACACGCCUUGUCAUCAGUGGGCGUGCGCGGCCGCGCCGCCUCUCCCAUACUCCCUGUGUUACUAGGCUGUGUAAUGUGACAGUGACACGGCUGCAAGUGACGCAUCCUCUUGGUGGAGACCUCAACUCUGUCACGCUGGCUGUCAAGAUGCAGUCCUCCAAGCGCACCCUCCGCUCUAACGAGAUCCCCAUCCCCCCUAGUGGCACUCUUGACAUAGAACUACAGCUCACCUUCUCCCUGCAGUACCCACACUUCCUGAAGCGUGAGGGCAACACGCUGCAGAUUAUGCUUCAGCGGCGCAAGAAGUACAAGAACCGCACCUUCUUGGGUUUCAAGACACUGGCUGUUGGAGUUAUUAACAUGUCACAGGUUCUCCAGCGUCCGGUCGACAGGGAACUAGAAUUAUACAGUGAAGGAAAGGAGAAGGGGACGUCACUAGCUCGAGUUACCAUGGUCUCCCUCUCCUCCCAGCCUGUGGACACAGAUGAGCCAGCAGAGAGAACAAAGUCUUUCAUGGCUGAUAAUCCUGAUCGGUCAGUGGAUCUAGUAGAGGUUUACAGUGAUGAUGAUGAAGAUUACAGCUCACAAGAUGAAGGCAGUGAUUCUGAACCUAUUCUCGAAGAUGGUUCUAGACGAACCCAUCAUCACAUGAGGUCCAGCGCCCGCUCCAAAAGUUUACCCCCCAAUGCUCGGCAACGAAACCUAAAGCAAAGGUUCAUUGCAUUGCUCAAGAGAUUUAAAGUUCCUGAGGCCUUGCAGGCAUUUGAUCAGGAUCAAGAGCUGGAUCCCAGAACAGCUGGUGAAGUGGACGAAGCGGAAAUUGAAGAUCUUUUUGACGAGUUAGAGGACCUUAGUGACUCUGGGCCAGAAGUUGACACCAUCUCCAUUACAUCGACACCAAAGCCUUCCCUACGGCCGUACUUCUCCUCCUCUAGAUCUCUACUUAACGAAG